ACAAACAAAAAGCAAUUGUGAAAUAUCAAACGAUCCCCACAACAUAAAUAUAUAUGUUGCUCUGGCAGCUAUUAGCUGAUUGCGAUAAAAAAGUAAGAGUAAACAAAACUGAAAAUGGAAACAAAACGGCGCAAGCGAGACCUUACGGAGGAGUAAAGUUUCCUGGAUUGCUGGGAAGGAAGAGCUCAGGAAUUGAGAAGUUACCGAAAAAACUCUAAUGUAUAUAAAGAAAUGGCGGUGGAGUUAACGCAGUCGGGGAUUGAAGUCACUGGCAUUGAGUCAAAUUCAAAAUGCAGAACUUGCUGUCCAAAUACAAGGGAAAGCAGAAAUGGGACCGCAUCGCUGACAACAGGGCCUUUAUUUGAAAAAAUGGCUAAAAUUGUUGGCGGCUACCGUUCGAUGAAUGUGGAGGGUGUUGUGGAGGAAAGUUUCAAUUUGGAUAGCGAGCAGCAAUUAACGUCACGCUCAGCGCAACAUACGCGCUCGAGCUGGCAGCAAAACCUGGCUACAGCAAAUUUGCAGGAGGAAACGGCAAGAGAAAAACAGAAAGCCUUGCUGCAAUGUGCGAAACAAGCCAUUUUUGGCAAAAUGUUGGCUUAAUGCAUUGCGGUAGCAGUCUCCAAGGUUAAAUCUUCUUUCGUUCAGUGGAACAACUCUACUUUGCUCUUCAGUCAUGGAGCCAGCAUCAGGAAGCCAGGUGUCGGUAAUAUAAUUUCUCUGUGAAAUCAAAAAAUUGUGGAGUACGCAGCAAGCAUUUAUUAAAGCGUUUGUAUUAUCGAUACGAUUAUCCAACCCUUUUCGAAAUUUGACCUUCAAAUGCCCAAAUGCAUUUUCAACAACCCUGCGGCAACGAGAAAGAUGGUAAUCAAAUUCGCGUUGUGCAGGUGUACUUUCCACAUUAAAUGGAAAGAACGUUGCGCGACAAACGAAAAGCUGAGUCUGAUAUAAGAACUAAUGGGAUUUCCACAUUGUUAAAAGAUUUCCGUAGAUCAUAAAGCAAUUUGCAACGCAAUAUUUCUGCUUUUAAUGAGGAACUUUCAUUAAUUCCAGAGUCAUUUCAUCUUCCUGUACCUCCAUUAUUUGUAUAAAGAAACGUAUACCUACAUACAAAUUGAAAUCUAUUUUAUUACUUAAGUAAUUUAAAAAUUUGCCAACCUUGUGUCAACUAAAGCCAACAGUACCACAGAAUACCAUCCUUUAUAGUUAUAGUAGUCCACAGCGUCCUCUUGCUUUAAUUUGACUUCAAUAUGACAUCCAUCUAAUUUUAUUUAUGUACAUAUACACAUUUAUAUUAAUAUAAAUCUCAAUAUUAUUUGCAAUCAUCUCAUCAUACUUAACACUUCCAUACAUUGUGGAAAUCCCAUUUUGUUAAAAUCAUUUACAAUAGUCUGAGCCACUGUCUCAGUUAGUGGAAAAUAAUUAGGAUAAUUAGGUUUCAAAGCAUUCCAAACCGCAGCACAAAAUUCUCUAACAAUUCUGCAUACGCUAGAAUUGGACACACCGAACAAACUUGUACCCGUUCAGUACUAUGCAGAGGUACCAAGUGCACAUAGCGCAAUAGCGACAUGCUUUUCAAGAAAUUCGAAGAAGGACCGCCUUCCCAAGCGGAAGAUGUUCUUGAAAUCUAAAGCGCUACAUUCUUGGCAUUCCUUUUCCCAAAAUAAUCUCGUUCGUUCCUAAGGGAUACCAUUAAAAUAAUACAGUUAAUACUAAUCAUAUGUACAUAACUUUCUUCAAUUAAGUGGACUUUUUUUUGCCCUAUAUUCUGUUAGAAGUGAAAGCAAACUGCGUGCCAUCUCCAAAAAAUUGUAAGCAUGCAAAAAAGCACUUUCGGAUCAGCAGCGUCUGCUCGUGCAGCAAUAAUCUGCACUUGGAAUUCAUAAUAUUGUAUAAAUAGAAAAUGAAAUGAAUGCGGUCUUUUGAAUUCAUGAUUUCAAUUCUUAUGACAAAUUUUACAAGUUUCAAAUGUGAACAAAAAUCAGCUGUUUGAGUUAACUCACUUUCGGUGUAAACGUUUGACAUUUCAUUCACUUAACAGAGGCCUUAAAUGUAUUUGGGUACUUGGUGGAAAUACGCUGUACGACCUCGGACGAGCGUGUAUACUGCUUACAAAAAUUCUGUUGCGAAAAUGCGAGGCGAAUGUCAGAUGAAAGAGAGAAGCCGAUAACAAGUACAUUCUAGAAAGAUAAAACGGGAACCGUCGUUAACGAACAAUUCGAUUUUCUACACUUUCGUCUAUUAGCAGCCGACUGCUAUAUAAGGGCGUCACUCAGCUGCCAAGUCAAGUC